AACAAACUGCUCUCUUUUCUCCCCUCCCCAAAGCAGCCAAUUGGAUUUCCCUACCAGUUACUGUAACUUGCCUUCCCUCCAGAAGGAAGCAGUAGCGACUCCGCCAGAGAGAAAGAAGGAGAAAGCAGGGAAUCAUAGAGAAGAGAAGGAAGUCUGAAGGGUUACUCUAGUGUAGGAGUUCGAUAACCGCAGCGUGCUGGGAUUCCUUUUGGAAAGCCUGCAAGAGGCUGUGCUUGAGGCUGAUCCAGAGUUUAGCCAAGAAAACCAGUAUUUCCAGAACCAGAAUGAAAGAUAUGAAAGUGCAGUCCGAAAAACUGUUUACCUCUCACAAAAGAUGGCAAAAAUGGGAUGGAUUGAAGAUAGCCCAGAACAGAACUACUGCUUUAAGUUUCUUAGUGACAAUUUGGCAUUUGGCCUACAUAUAAUCUUUAUGAAGAGCAUUUUGGCUUUAGGCACCGAUGAACAGAUUGACAAAUGGAUUCCUUUAGCAAAAAAGAAUUUCAUCCUAGGGACCUACGCCCAGACUGAAUUGGGACAUGGAUCUAAUCUUCGAGGCUUGGAGACCACGGCCACAUUUGACGUGGCUACUCAGAAGUUUAUCCUAAACACACCAACCCUCUCUGCCAUGAAAUGGUGGCCAGGAGACCUGGGCCGGACUGCAAGUCAUGCUGUGGUUUUUGCUCAACUUUAUCUGAAAGGACGUUGUUAUGGCAUGCAUCCAUUCAUCGUACAAAUCCGCAGUCUCAGGGACCAUUCUCCAUGUCAAGUGAUCCAGAAGCUAAGAUUUUGGACUAUCAGACCCAGCAGCAGAAGUUAUUUCCUCAGCUGGCCACUGCCUAUGCCUUUCACUUUAGUUCUGCCUAUCUGGAGAAGACUUUCGAAAAAUGCUACAACCAGACCAAAGAAGGAAAAUUUGACUUGCUUCCAGAGAAAAAAUGAUUUCUUAAAUCCUGAUAUUUACACAGAUGCCUAUAAGCAUCGAGCUCUCAGGUUUAUAAGAAAUGCAGCGAUGAAGCUUCAGCAGUUGGUUCAGGCAGGAAAAACACAACAUGAAGCCUGGAACCAGUGCACUGUGCAACUAGCAAGAGCUGCAAUGGCUCAUUGCCAUUACAUCGUGAUACAAAAAUUUGCUGAAGAGUUGGGGAAACAUGCAAAAGGAUCUGCUAUCGGGAGGAUUCUCAAAAAUCUCUGUGAUCUCUUUGCACUACAUGGGAUUUUCUCUAAUGCAGGAGAUUUUAUGCAGGAUGCCUAUUUUUCUACAGAGCAAAUUGACAGGGUGACUGAAACUUACCUGGACCUCUUAGCAGUCAUUCGGAGAGAUGCAGUGCCAUUGGUGGAUGCUUUUGACUUUUCUGAUGCACUUUUAAAUUCAGCCCUGGGAAGCUAUGAUGGCCAUGCCUAUCAGAGGCUUUAUGAGUGGGCCAAGAAGUCACCAACCAAUCACCAGGGUGAUCGGGUCUUCAAGACAUACUUAAAGCCACUUUUCCAGAACGCUCUCUCCAAGCUUUGAAGAGGAGUCUGGCAUGGGAAAACUCUUUUCCAAAUUGCCUUCCAAGCAACACUAUGUUUUCCUUAAUAAGCACAUGAAAUGUAAUUGCAGACUGCCUUUAAGCUGGAUAAGCAGCAGACUCAAUUCUCCCAAAGGUGCUUUUUCCAAAAGGCAACUGGACAUUGGGGUGGGGGUGGGGUUCCC